UAUCAAGUUCAUCACUAAUGACUCUCCACCACCAUCAUCAGUGACAUCUUUACAGAGCCCCGCGGGGACUCACCCACCUAAAAGAUACAGGGGUUCAGGGCCCUCAACAGCUGCUGAUGCAGGUAAAUGGGGCACAUCUACGUAAUUCCUGGGGCCCUUUAGUCGUGAAACUGCCCGUCCCUUGGUCUUGUGAGCAUGUGAAGAACGAACAACCUCGUUCAGCUCCUUCGUUUCCCUUUUCAGUUGAGGCUAACUACGUGCCGUCUCUCUUAUUUUUCCUCUCUCACUCUCUCACUACUACUCUCUUACUCAGGUACUCUCUCUAUUUUGGGUUUCAGGGUUGGGUAUUAAACUGUCCUCCUUCUGUUUCCUCUUACCCAUCUCCUCAUUCCUGUCUUACUCUUUGCCACUCAAUCCCAACCUCGUUAUACUUGCUUCAACAACAAGAUAUUUGAAGCUCUUCAAUUCCUCUCAGCAAUUGCCGUUUAUCCUCAAUUGCUUGACUUGCUUCGGAUAUCCCGGUCCAACUAGCUUUGGGCCCUGUGCUCGUUAGCUCGCGCUGUGAAAGUGGUGGACAGGGUUGCAGAGACUGGACCCCAACAGCUUCAAAUUAUUUUAUCCGGGACAGACAGACCCUCGGAAGCUACACCAAUAUUUGCUUAGGAUACUAAGCUGAGACUGGCCGAGACUGUAAGUUUAGUAGCACUGCAUUGUCCGAAUAUUGAGACUUGCAGGUUUCAGCUCAGUUCAGCUGAACCCGAGCCGGGUUCAUAAGCCAUUGCUGUCCCUCACCAUUGUCUUCAUACCUAACAACCAAAACAGUCAGUUAUACAGAACCUUGGCUUCAAAAUGGCCGAUGAUGGUCCCCCUCUCAUUCGUCCCGUCCCUCGAAGACCCUUCGAUCUCAGUUUGACGACUCCUACACCACCAAGCGAGAACUCGUCUCCUCCAACUCCCGCGCCAGCUCCAGAUCCCAAUAUUGCGCGCUUCCUACAACCAACUCCCGAGCCUGCGAGCGCAGGUCUUAGCAGGCCUCAAUCAUUCAUGAAUUUGACCUCCUCGACGCUCUUCGGAAUCUACUCUCCCACAACGUCCUCUUCGCGCGACCGUGUCUUUGCCGAUCGCGAUGAACUCGAUACACCUUGGGGAACAGGCGCUCAGACACCCAUCAAGAGACCUAGCAUCGACGACGCUACGUUUGAUUUUCUGAAGGAUCGAUCACACCAUAUUCGUCGUCGGUCCUCGAUUCGAGUUCAUGAACCUGCUGGGCCUCAAAAGCAUUCUCCAUCUGGUGGUGCUCUAGUAUUAAGAGGACUUUUGCUUUUCGUUCUCGGCGUGGGAUAUGGCGUAUUAGUCACAUCGCGCUUCCACGAGUCGGACAGUCUUCCGCCUCGUGCUACGUAUAACUGGGGCCAUUUGACGUUUUGGGGUCUUGCUGGCGUUGCACUGGGCGCGCUGUUCCCUUGGUUUGAUAGAGUAUGGGAGAAUUCGUUCGGCGACAAGGGGGAUGAAGCUGUGUUAGAAACCAGUGCUUCAGCAAAAGAUGACGACCCAAGCACUGACUGGGCGCUUGCUGUUCGGGCUAUCGGUGCCUUUGUCGGAAUUGUCUUCGCGAUUCGCAAAGUGGCCUGGGCGUCCACCCUUCAGGUGUCACUGACCUUGGCACUUGUCAAUCCCCUCCUAUGGUGGCUUAUCGACCGCUCCAAGCCCGGUUUUCUGCUCUCAGCUGCGGUUGGACUCGCAGGGUCGGUUGUGCUCCUCGGCGUGAACCCAGAUAUGAUGCCGGCGCCUACUCAAGUUCCGUUCAGGCAUUUGGUUAAUGCCACAAUGGCAGCCGAUGGAGAUAUGCCCAUUCUCGGUGGACUCGCCCAGCAGAAGACACUCGAGACGGGCAUGUGGAUGUUGAGUGUGCUUUUCUGCAGCUGUGUUUGUUUUGGAAACAUCGGUCGUCGACUUACCCUCGGGCCAUCGACAACAGCCAAGGGGCGCUGGGCUGGAGUGAGAUGAUGACGAGCGAGAAGCUGAACUGAUGUGCAAUCAGCUGUAUUGGUCUUUUCACAUUCUGUAGCAUGAUGUGCCUAUGAUAUCCUUUUCGUUUGGGCGACAAUCAUGGGGAGGUAUAUAUAUGGGCGGGUUUAUUGGACAAUGGGAACGGGAGGCAUGUGUAUAGUUAUCGAGAUUGGAUAAGGGCAUUUUGCAGAUCAUAAGGGAUGAUAUGAUGCUUAGUUUACCGAUAUGGUCUGUUUAUGACGACAACUAUUUUGCUCUUCUGUUCUUUUGAAUAGAAUAGCCUGGGUGGAUAGGCUGGGCUAGGGUCAAAUGACUAAGGAAUGAUAAUGUCAUUUCAUUCUACGUUUCAAUUCCCAAGGGAAACUCACGAAUCUCUCACGGUGUGUUGUUUCUGUUUAUCGUUCAGAUACCUUAGCCGUAGCUCCAAUCCGCCGAACUAGCCAUCUCGUACUAGUGAGUUGAACCUCUGCUGGUCCAGCAAAGAACUGGAUACCACAUGGAACUUUUGCAUGCUCUUGUUCUCUUUUCUUCUUUUUCGAGUCUUGAAUCAUUUCCCAAUGUCAAACCAAAAUAUGUUCGCCCUUUACUCCAUCAUUCAUAAACCCUGUAACGGCCGACGAUCAUCGCGUGACGCAAGCUCUACAACGUCGUCAUUCGUGUAUCAGGUCCAGAGCAGAUCUAGUUUGCGCUCUUGAUCGCCUCUUUAACGGCUUCUGAUUUUUCUUGAAUAGCGGAACCAAAGUCGACGUUGGAGAGGCCGAGCAUGACGAGCAUACGAGGGUUUUGAAUCAUCUCGUUGAUUGUGAUGGUACGUGUGCAAACGUCGGUGUAGGAAGCGAGGGCAGCUUCAGGGCCAGAAGCGACUGUUACAAGAAGAUAGUGUAAGCCCAGGUACACUCUUCCAUCAAGGUUAGCAAUAGGAUAGCUUCUGCUACUCACCACCGUCGUUCUUGGGAAUCUGUUCAGGAUGCUGAACUUUUCGACCAGCAGCAAUGUUGUCCAGCUCGGUCAUGAUAUAAUGAGAUCUCUUGACAAAGUCCCAGACGUGGAAGAGGCCACGGUCAACAUUGGGGGGAGUCCAUUGAGAAUGAGACUCAAUGGCUGUGAUGAGGUCUGCCAAGCUAGCGGUGAUGUCUUCCCGUUGCUCUGGGGUGGGGAGUUGAGAGAUGGAGUUAGAAGUCAUGAUGGGUGUGUGAGUAUUUGGUAUUGAUGAAGAAAAGGUCAGCUUGAAGUUUGGAGAAAGAAGAGAAGAAGGUUAAAGAAGAUAGUAAAGGGAAGAAUAAACAGAAAAAGAGGAGAAGAAAGCAAAAACGUAGCAUCAACGUCAGAAAAAGCAGCUUCCCCGCUGCUUCGAGAGUCGUCUGUCCAAUUGCCUCUUUACGUAGAGCAAAGCAAAAACUCCAUUUCUCUCUAACCGUCCCUAGUAUGUCAGGGGCCCCUUGUGGCUUUCUUGUAUCUCUCGUCAGAAACGUUACCGCCUGAAAGGGCUGAAGUUUAGGGCGUUUCUCAGCCAUUGAUCGACCCGAGUAACAUUGGUAAUACUUUGGCUCAAAACGCUUGAGCUUGAAUGAGUAGGAUAAGCCCUAGACUCCAACGGUUUCUCUCAGCAUGUUUGGGGACGAGAAGCUAUCACGAGCAGGGGAGCUAUACGAAAGCAUGAGACGGUAAGCUUAUGCACUGACUGUUAAGGGAAUGACAUGUGAUGG